CCCCGCGGUGGAGCGCCACCCCAGCCGGACGCACGAGGGGCCCCUAGGACUUGUCGUGGCAGCUGCCUGCGACCCGCCCGUAGAGUCUUUGAAAGGCGGCGGGAGGCUGCCAGCGCCAUGGCGAACCUCGGCCGCCUGCUAUCCGUGCUGGGCCUGCUGCUAUGCGUGUCCGCGAGCCCCCCGUUGUCUACUUCCUCUCCCUCCAAGGCCGAGAAGCCCAUCAUCGGCAUAUUAAUGCAAGGUUGCCGUACUAAGGAAAUGAAAAAGCUGGGAAAAUACUAUAUUGCUGCAUCCUAUAUAAAGUAUCUGGAAUCUGCAGGUGCAAGAGUUGUACCAAUAAGGCCUGAUCUUACAAAGGAAGAGUAUGAAAAGCUUUUCCAGUCUAUUAAUGGGGUCCUUUUCCCGGGAGGAGGUGCUGACCUCAGGAAGUCAGGCUAUGCUCAAGCGGCCAAAAUCUUUUACAGCCUUGCCAUAAAGAGUUUUGAUGGUGGAGACUAUUUUCCUGUGUGGGGUACAUGCCUUGGAUUGCAAGAGCUUUCAUAUCUGACCAGUGGAAAGUACUUAUUAAUCCACACAAAUACUGAUGGAAUUGCAAUGCCCCUGAACUUCACUGGAGAUGUAUUGAAGAGUAGAAUGUUCCAGAAUUUUCCUGCUGAUUUGUUGCGGUCAUUAGCAGAAGAGCCUCUGACAGCAAAUUUCCACAACUGGAGCCUCUCCAUGAAGAAUUUUACGAGGAAUGAAAAAUUAAAGGAGUUUUUUCAUGUAUUAACUACAAAUACUGAUGGCACAAUUGAGUUUAUUUCUACAAUGGAAGGAUACAAGUAUCCAGUGUAUGGUGUGCAGUGGCAUCCAGAGAAACCUCCUUAUGAGUGGAAGAAAUUGGUUGGCAUUUCCCACGCACCUAAUGCUGUGAAGGCUGCAUUUUAUUUUGCACAGUUCUUUGUUUCUGAAGCUCGGAAAAACAGUCAUCAUUUUAAGUCUGAUGUUGAAGAGAAAGAAGCACUAAUUUAUCAGUUCCAUCCAGUUUACACUGGAAAUAUUUCUUCAUUUCAACAAACUUACAUAUUUAAUUGAAAGCUUUCAGUAUGUUAACGGAAAUUUUGAAUAAUUCCAUGAUGAAAUUGUUUUACUAUCUUGAUACUCAUGACAGUAAUAGCCACAGAGAUUUCUUUUCUGUGAUUUUACUGGUUCUGAAUUAUCAUUCAAUAUAUUUGAUUAUUUAUAUCAAAUUUGAUAAUCAGUGAGGCAGAUAAUCAUAGUGUAUUUCAUGUAAAAGCUUUGAUCUCAAAAUUAGAAAAAAAUUUAUUGAAAAUACAAAUAUUUUUUCUGAUUGAUGCUAGAAAUAAAUACCACCCCCUACCUAGCCAAACCAUUCUUGCUGAAGCCUCGUUAAAUCCUGCCUGUAGUCUGCUGUGGUAUCUGUCUUUUUGAGUCUCAGGAGUAUUCAGUGUGGUGUGUGUACUGGGUGUGUAUGUGUGUAUACAUGCACCUAUAUUUCCCCUCCUGCUGUUAGCUCCACAGUGAAAGCAGAGUCUGUGUCUUGAACUGUUUUAUCUCCCACAAUGUCCAGCACAGUGGGCCCUCAGUAAGCCCUUGUGACUAUCUGUGAAUGAACUUUGUUCCAUGGAAAAUAAUUUGCAAUCUGUCAUACAUGUAUUUGGGUACAUUUAAAUAAACUUGUCAAUCUUUGCUUU